UGCAUCUUCUCAUAUGAUCCCAAUUCGUCUGCUUUUUACCAUUCACCAGACAUCUUCCGGGUCGACAGAGAGUUCGCCUGCUGAGCAGAGCCAGGACUAUUUGCAAAGGAGGGGUGCUGUCUGCCCUAUUGAGCUCCUCCUGGUGUGUAAGUGUCGGGUGUGUGUGCAACAUGGCAAGCCUCCUACGUGUUGUGGCGGCCACCUGCUCGGCCCCCUUGUUCAGCGGUGUUUCCUGUGCGAAGCUGCAGAGCGGCAGUGCUAUCAAAUCAUCAGGCCUUCGCUUUUUCAGGACCCACCAAGCUCUCAGACGAUGUGCCAGUCCAGGUAUUGCUUACAAACAACUAACAGUCGGCGUACCCAAAGAAAUCUUCCAGAAUGAACGUCGUGUGGCGCUUUCUCCCGCUGGUGUCCAGGCGCUCAUCAAACAGGGUUUCAACGUCGUCGUGGAGUCUGGAGCCGGAGAGCCUUCCAAGUUUCCUGAUGAACAGUACACCCAGGCUGGAGCAACAAUUAAAGACAAUAAAGAUGUCUUGGCAUCUGAUGUGCUGGUUAAGGUUCGUGCUCCCAUUUUUAACCCUGACUUGGGUGUCCAUGAGGUGGAGAUGAUGAAGGACGCCGCCACUUUAAUCAGCUUCAUCUACCCAGCACAGAACCCCGAGCUGAUGGACAUGUUGUCCCAAAAGAAGGCCACCGUCCUGGCUAUGGACCAGGUGCCCCGAGUCACAAUCGCCCAGGGUUUCGAUGCACUGAGCUCCAUGGCGAAUAUCGCAGGAUACAAAGCAGUUGUGCUGGCAGCAAACAACUUUGGUCGCUUUUUCACUGGACAAAUCACAGCAGCCGGGAAAGUGCCACCUGCAAAGGUUCUGAUCAUUGGAGGUGGUGUGGCUGGGUUGGCAGCAGCUGGGUCGGCCAGGGCAAUGGGAGCCAUUGUCAGAGGAUUUGAUACCAGAGCUGCAGCUUUGGAGCAGUUUAAAUCUCUGGGCGCAGAGCCGCUGGAAGUGGACUUUAAGGAGUCAGGAGAGGGUCAGGGAGGCUAUGCCAAGGAAAUGUCAAAGGAGUUCAUAGAGGCAGAGAUGAAGCUGUUUGCCAAACAGUGUCAGGAGGUGGACAUUGUCAUCACCACUGCUCUUAUCCCAGGCAAGCGUGCACCCAUCCUGAUCACCAAACCAAUGGUAGAAAGCAUGAAAGAUGGGUCAGUUGUAGUCGACUUGGCUGCUGAGGCUGGAGGAAACAUUGAGACCACAGUACCUGGAGAGCUGUCAGUACACAAGGGAGUGAUCCAUAUCGGCUACACAGACCUGCCCAGUCGUUUGCCGACACAGUCCAGCACUCUGUACUCCAACAACAUCACUAAGUUGAUGAGGGCAAUCAGCCCAGACAAGGACAACUUUUACUUCAAUGUGAAGGAAGUGUUUGACUACGGGACCAUGGAUCACGUCGUAAGGGGAUCAGUUGUCAUGCAGAAUGGACAGAACCUGUUCCCCGCUCCCCAGCCUAACAAUGUGCCCACUGCAGCUCCUCCUAAACCCAAGUCUGUUGAGGAAUUGAAGAAAGAGAAGGCUUCACAAAUCUCCCCCUUCAAGGCUACACUUACCACUGCUGGAAUGUACACUGGAGGCGCUGCCACCCUGCUGGGUCUGGGUCUGUCAGCUCCCAACGCUGCCUUCACUCAGAUCGUCACCACCUUCGGUCUGGCUGGCAUUGUGGGAUACCACACAGUGUGGGGAGUCACUCCUGCUCUGCAUUCCCCACUCAUGUCCGUCACCAAUGCUAUCUCAGGUCUGACGGCUGUGGGUGGUCUGUCCCUGAUGGGAGGUGGCUACACCCCAACAACUACUGCUGAGACACUGGCUGUGCUGGCUGCCUUCAUCUCCUCGGUCAACAUUGCUGGUGGUUUUCUGGUGACUAAGAAGAUGUUGGACAUGUUUAAGCGUCCCACUGAUCCUCCAGAGCAUAACUACCUUUAUCUGCUUCCUGGCGGUGUCUUUGUCGGUGGCUAUGCUGCUGCUCUGCAGUCUGGAUACAACAUUGAACAGAUGAUGUAUUUGGGCUCAGGUCUGUGCUGUGUUGGUGCCCUGGCUGGCCUUUCCAACCAGUCCACCGCCCGUCUGGGUAACGCUUUGGGUAUGAUGGGAGUCACGGGGGGGAUCAUUGCCACUCUGGGUGCCCUCAAACCGAGCCCUGAGCUCCUGGCACAGAUGAGUGCAGCCAUGGCUGUAGGUGGUACUGCUGGCCUGGCCAUUGCUAAGAAGAUCCAGAUCACCGACUUGCCCCAGCUGGUGGCUGCCUUCCACAGCUUGGUGGGGCUGGCUGCAGUGCUCACCUGUGUGGCCGAAUACAUGAUCGAGUACCCGCACUUCGCUACAGAUCCUGCGGCCAACCUCACUAAGAUAGUCGCGUACCUCGGCACCUUCAUCGGUGGAGUCACUUUCAGUGGCUCUUUGGUGGCAUAUGGCAAACUGCAAGGUAUUCUGAACAGUGCUCCCCUGGUGCUCCCUGCUCGUCACGCUCUGAAUGGCACUCUUAUGGCCGGCAGUAUUGGUGGAAUGAUUCCCUACAUGCUAGAUCCUAGUUACACUACAGGCCUCACCUGCCUGGGAUCGGUCUCUGCUCUCUCUGCUGUCAUGGGUGUUACCUUGACAGCUGCUAUUGGGGGCGCUGACAUGCCGGUGGUAAUCACCGUACUGAACAGUUACUCUGGCUGGGCCUUGUGUGCUGAGGGCUUCCUGCUCAACAACAACCUGCUGACCAUCGUCGGAGCUCUCAUUGGCUCCUCUGGAGCCAUUUUGUCAUACAUUAUGUGUGUGGCCAUGAACCGUUCACUGGCUAACGUGAUCUUGGGAGGUUACGGCACUUCUUCCACCGGUACAGGAAAGCCCAUGGAGAUCACGGGGACACACACAGAGGUCAACGUGGAUCAGACCGUUGACAUGAUUAAAGAUGCCCACAGCAUAAUCAUCACUCCAGGUUAUGGACUUUGUGCUGCUAAGGCCCAGUACCCUAUCGCUGAAUUGGUGAAAAUGCUUAAAGAUGCUGGCAAGAAAGUCAGGUUUGGUAUUCACCCUGUGGCUGGCCGGAUGCCUGGUCAGCUCAAUGUGCUGUUGGCUGAAGCGGGUGUCCCAUAUGAUAUUGUCCUGGAAAUGGAGGAAAUUAAUGAAGACUUUGCCGAAACCGACCUGGUCCUGGUGAUCGGUGCCAAUGACACGGUGAACUCAGCCUCCCAGGAAGACCCUAACUCUAUCAUUGCUGGUAUGCCUGUUCUAGAGGUCUGGAAGUCUAAGCAGGUGGUUGUGAUGAAACGUUCACUGGGUGUGGGAUACGCAGCUGUUGACAACCCCAUCUUCUACAAGCCCAACACUGCGAUGUUGCUAGGCGACGCCAAGAAGACUUGUGAUGCCCUGCAAGCCAAGGUUCGCGAGUCCCAGAGCCAGUAAGACUGGCACCUCCACUCAGAGUACACAGGGAGCAAGGAAGGUCAAAGACAAUGAACGUUUUUGCAAAAAUAUCUCCACAUUAAGAUGAUCUUUGUCUGAUUGUGACUCAAUUGAGCCAAUUAAGUAAAGAUGAUUUAAAAAUGUUUUUGCCACACCCUUCCUAUCAUCUAUAAAUAAAAGAAAUAAAAAUGUAAUUUAAAAAAAGCCAUUGUGCAGUAGGAUCCAAGCAAUGCAGAUAUUGUAGUUCUUCUAUUAGUGCUCCCACUGUAGUGAUGCACUCAGAUACAGGUUUACAGGCAUGUCUCUUAUUUCUCGAUAAUAAAUGAAGGGUAGGUCAACAAAUGCAUGUGGUCCGUGUAAUCUGGGCUGUAACCGACAGUGUCAUCUUCAUUAUAGACACCUAUAUUAAUGCAGAACAACAAUGAAUUGUAGAUGCAUUACGUUAUUAAAUAUGUUAAAAUUCGCUAUUAAGAUAUUUUCGGAAAUAGUCACUAGUUGAUAGAAAAUUUGAGAUGAAUUGGAAUUAAAAGAGACCAGAUGAAAGAGAUAUGAGAGCACUUAGGUUUUCCACACUGUUAGGUGUUGUCCCCAAUGUUUUCUCCAGAGAUUCCUUUUAUUAUUGUAAGGUAAUUUGCUGUUCCCUUUUGAUAGAUUUAUUCAGUCAAAUGCCAAUGUUGCUCCCUUUUUUUUCUGUACAAGUAAAAAGAAAAAAGCAGGUUAGUGCACCAUUAUUGUAAAGAAAUUUACAGAAUUUUUUGUAUCCAGUCUAAUUACUGUUAUGAACCUAGAAAAUCACUUUUAGAAGCCAUAGCUGACUAUAGAAACCUAGUCAUGCUGUUUUCUUUUCACUCCACCUAUGCCUCUACUGCAGCAUCACACAUGGAUCCAAAAACAUUAAAGAUCCAUUCAAACCUUGUCUAUCAAGCAUUUAAUGCAAUCAACCAACUGAAUAAGACGUUUUUAUUUUAAGUGAGACCACAGCUGUCAUGUAAUGCUCGUAAAGACUGGAACUCCUCCAACAAACAGACACUCUGAUAGCUGAAUGGGUUUUAUGAUGUUUUUGAACCAGGUGCAUCACAUCAUCCUGUGUGGUUCUGAUGCUACAGUACACGUGAUUUGAGGCUAGCCUUUGGUCUUUACGGUAAAGGAGGGUGGUUUUUUUCUCUUUUUUUUUUCUUCUUUUUUUUAAGUGAAUGUGGCUUCAUCCACUCCAAUAUGUGAGUCCUCAUUAUUUUUCUAGAGGGAAAUUAAGGAUCACUGUAAACUAGGGCCAGAUGUUAACCUGACUGUUUUGUAAAUUGUCUAAAGCAACAUUGCAUUAGUCAGAUUGUAUUCAGGAUACAUGAAUUGUUCAUCGUUAUUAUUAACCAUUUUUAAAGGAAUUGUGUCCUUUUUUUACUUUGCUACAAACCUAAACUUGCCAAAACUUUCCCUUCUAAACCGUAUUUGUUAGAUUGGGCACAAUUAUAGAUGGAAUGGUUACUGUUCAACCACUUGAGUAAUUCUUGAAAGAUCAAUGAUAAAAUGACAGUAGCUCCCCCUCUACACCUAACUAAAAACUAUAUCACCAGAAACUUAGUCCAUCUGGUUUUAUUUUUGACUAAAGUUGGAUUGCUGCCAUCCUUUUAAUAACUUCAGGUUCCACAGUUUUGAUGGUCCUGAUACAGUAGAUCUAGAAUUAGUAAGAAGUUUUCCUGGUACAAUGUUUGAGGAACAAUAGGUCAUGAGGUGACAUGGCAGCAGUUUUCAUUACUUUUAAGAUCUACCAUAACAACUGUAAGAAAUUAGUUGUUAUAAUUUCGUUCUGGGACCUGAUACAUUGACCAUGACAACUAUCCUACCUCUCCAUAAAACGACCAAUAACUUUCCAGAGGACCCUCAUCUGACCAAUCACCCUUGACUGAAAUGACCACAGGAUGUCUCCACCAGUCAGCUCUCAUUUAUCCUAAACCUGACCAAUUGCUUUCUGUUUUGUGUUCACAUUGUGUUUUUGAACCAUUGGACCUCAGUUUGCCCUGUCUAGCUGACUAUGUUAUGCAAGUGUAGAGCUGCAGGUGUCAUUGAAAGGUUAUGGUUCUUCCAUGUCAAUUUACACAAUUGCAGUCAUUAGGGACAAUUAGAUUGAGAUGUUUGCUUAACAUUUGUAGCUUGUUGCUGUUUUUGAGGUAUUGAUCAAAUUAAGGGAGUCAAAGAAUAUUAAUAGUUUUGCUAAUGUGCCCCUUAUCUUUUUUCGUCUUCUUAAGGAAAGUAUUUUUGUAAAGAGGCACCAUGUAUGUGCAGCACAACAAUGGUGUUUUCGAAGUUGACCGUGUUUCAGUGCACUAUGUUAGGGAGAUGAAAUGAUGAAAUGUACGGUGAAUGUUUUUCCCUGUUGUUUAUCAUGGAACAUUUUCAUCCCUAAUAAACUUGUAUUUACACUAGA